GGGGAAUGCAAAAGUCAGUACUUCGGUUUUGGAAUAUCAUUAAUAUACAUCGUCACUAUAGUGCAUUAAGUGCAACCACUGAGGUUUCGAAAUGCCGCCAGAUGUCUCAAGUGUAGCCUAAGCAGUCGAAAACAGUUGACGGCGUCUUAAGUUUUGCUCCUAGCACAACCGGUCAAAAGCUUAAUGUUUUCGUUAGUUUCUGGAGUAAACUUCUAGAUCGAUAAGAGCAAAUAAUUUUCUGCAUUUACCAAAUUCUUGGUCUUACCUAAGAUCACUCUCCAAUACAAUAUGUCUUCUGGAGGCAGAGUACCAAAUAAUACAACAAAGUUGUCCCUGCAUGAAAGAUUCUCAAGAUUACGGAGCUCAGCAGGGGGCCAAAAAUUGGCUGGUAAGCUACAAGGAACUAGAAACAUUUCAACCCAUCUCCAAAAAGCAGCCAGCAGAAAUAACAGAAUAACUCAACAAAUGGAAAGGAGAAAUGCAUCAGUCAGUGCUGCUUUAAAACUAAAAAAGAAAAGCAUCAAGCAGCGCCUUGGUGCCACAGUAAACACGAAUACUCGAUUUCGCGGUACCGCCACACAGACCCAAAGGAAACUUACUAUUAACCGUGGAGCUGUUCGUGGUAGUCAAAGAGGAAAUCAGCGAGGUAUUCGGACUCAAGUACAAACGGUUACUCCAUCAAGGAUCGCUCGAGGUCAACGUGGAACCAAGCUCAUUGUAAGCCAAACGAUAGUUCGUGGGGGUGGGCAAAUCAGGAGAGGCACUCGCACUCGUGGAAGAAUCAUUACUCCAUCCAAAAAGUCGGCUGCUGUUGUCAACACACCAAAUCGCUCAGCCCAGAAAUCCCCUCGUACUCGAGGUGGUCUGAGAGGAGCAAGACGAGGUGGUCGAGCACAAUCAACUGCUUUGGUUGCUACACAGGGAGGGAAUCAAAUUCAGCGUGGUCGAGGACGAGGAAGAGGACAACGUCGUGGCAACGGCCAGCAGAAUCGUCGCGGAGGGAACGACAACCUGCAAAAGUCACCUCGCGGUCAGUCCUCCGGACGGGGUAGGGGCCGUGGUCGAGGAGGAGCUACCAAAGUCAGCAAAGAAGAUCUCGACAAACAGCUGGACCAGUACAUGUCAAAGACCCGUAGCGCUUUGGAUAAUGAUCUUGAAAGCUACAUGUCGAAAAUUGGAGACGUUGAAAUGAAUUAAAUUGGCAAUAAUCUUCCAUCAGUCGUUACCUCACCUGUGCUCCUCAACUAAACAAGAAGAAGCUUUCUUACUGUCCCCCUUUUUCGAAGUCUUACAUGACUCUUUAACAUUUUUAGUCCUAAAAAGUUAAAAUGAAUUUAAUUCAGAUUUUUUUUUUUUUUUUUUUUUUUGAGAAAAUGUUUGAACGGAUGUGAAGCGUGUGAACCAAAAAAUUUGUUUUUUUGACUAUUUCUAUCUGGCAAUCGACUUAAUGGUUCUUGCUUCCGAGUUUUCUUUCUACUGUGUUUCGUGUCCCCCUCCAGUUGCAGCGCACCUUGACACGCGUUUCUUUUUAAAAAUUUCAUUUUUCAUCUAGAAGGAGUGCUUUUGUAUGUGAAACGGUGUGCCUGUGAAAUGAGAAGAAAAAAACUCAACAAAAUAUACACAUAAUUAACCAACAA